AUGCUUGAUAUACAAAAAACAGACACUGCAUGGCAUACAGCCUCGCAUAAUACUGUUCCACCCGAACUAUUACGCUCCCUUAGGCAUCAUUCGUUAUUUCAAAGAGCUAAUAAUGAAAACUUUUUGGAAAAAAUCGCCUGUAGAAUGCAUUUAAGAACAUAUGGACCACGAGAUGUGAUUGUUGUUGAAGGAGAGCCUGCAAAGGCCAUGUUUUUCUUAUUAAGAGGUUCAGUGGAUGUAUGCUCUGCCGAUUUUGAACGAAUUUAUGCCAACUUAUCGCAAGGAUCAUGCUUUGGUGAAAUCGGUAUUCUUUAUUCUAUGCCCCGUACAGCAACGGUGAUUGCCAGAACAAAAUGUAUCGUUGCUUCAUUGACAGCUGAGGAAGUCAAUAAUUUGUUACCACAAUACCCAGAAGUUGAGAAAAUGCUUCGAUUUGAGGCUGAAGAAAGAUUGGCGGUAUUAAGCAAGAGUAAAAAUCUUGGAGUGAAAGAAAAGGUUAGUUUGAAACCAAUGACAGAACGUAACAUUGAAGACUUUACCGGCAUUCGUCAAUUACUUCAAAAGAUCCCCUUUUUUCAAGGUUGUCCAGAAGAGUUUUUACAUCUUAUAUCGCUCAAGGUCGAACCUCGUCAUUAUGCACCUAAUGCGGUUAUUAUUAGUAAAGGCGAAUAUGGAAAUGAACUCAUAUUUAUCAUUAGUGGUACAGUAGAGCUUACCAAGACAGACGAUUCAGGCAUAUUGGUACCCAUUACUCGAUUAAGCCAAGGAGAUUAUUUUGGUGACAUUUCUGUAUUACUAAAUACGCCGAGGGCUACUGAUGCAAGGGCAGUGACAGCAUUGGAACUAUAUAUUUUGAAAAAAUCGGAUUUUAUGGAUGUUGUUCAUCAUUUCCCAGAUUUAUUGGGUCGCUUUAAAGCAAUGGCAGAAAUCUCACUUAGUCAUUUACAGUCAAUGACAGGAGCGUAUCAAAUGAGAGGCGUAGAAGAAGCGAUAGAUACUCCUAUUUCUCCACGCACAAACCACGAACAGCUUUCUCCUGAAGGAUUGUCGUCUUUGACCAUUCCAACUAACUCCGUGUGUAGUACGACGGCUGACCAAGAUCCUACCUUGUUACCUCCUACGCCUACAAGCAAUCUGAAAAAGACAGAAACGAGAAGAAGAAGAGCCAGCGUAGCCGUAUGGUCCGAUCCUAAUCUGGUUGCGCUUGCAAAUCGACACAUCAAGCCUGACAAACAUGAGACUCAGCAGACGAAAAUGAUGAUUGAAAGCACCCAGCCACAGCCCAAGAUCUCUCAACCAGUGAUUAAGGGACAAUUAAGUUUAUUCACCGAAGAUAUUUUAUCGCGUAUUGUCAAUUGCCUUGACUUUACGUCCAUACUGCAGCUUUCGAUCGUGUCUAAGCAAUGCCGAGAAUUUAUCCAACAAAACAGUAAUGUCUUGAAAUCGCUUGACUGGAGUUCCAUGCAUAAAAAAAUAACCGACAGCAACGUGGAUCAUCUUGUUCAGUUUACUGGAAGCCGAGUACGCUAUUUGAAUCUGUCUCAGUGCUUCUAUUUGACCGAUGAUGGAUUUAAAGUGUUGGUGGAGAAUUUGCCAAAUGUAGAAGUUAUGGACCUUAGUUCAUGUUGGCUUUUGACCGACAAAAGCCUCGCACUCUUAGGAACAACAUGUCCUCAGCUCACUCGAUUGAAUUUAUCAAACUGUCGCAAAAUUAGCGAUAUUGGGGUAUUCAGAUUACUCGAUGCAAAAGCAUCCAACUCAUAUCCGAUGCUGGAAGAGCUGUCUGUAUCCUACUGCAAAAAGUUAUCCGACACGACGAUGCGACACUUGGCCAGUUAUUGUUCUAAUACAUUACAGUUACUCAACAUUCAACGUUGUACACGUAUUACUGAUCUAGGAUUUCUAGCUUGGACAUCUACAUGCUUUCCACAACUGCAAGAAUUGAAUUUGAACGAUUGCAGCUUUUUAACAGACCAAGCCAUAGCUUACUUGAUAUCUGCAACACCAAACUUGAAGAGACUGUCUUUAAGUUUCUGUUGUGCUUUAUCAGAUAGUGCCAUCGAAAGACUGGCUACAUUGAAACAACUCGAGUACCUCGACGUCAGCUUUUGUGGUGCUGCUGUCUCUGACGUAUCUGUCCGUACCUUGCUAGCAUCGCAAUCUAUGAAUUCACUCAAUAUCAGAGGCUGUGUGCGUGUGACUGAUACGACUGUAUAUUCAAUUCUGGAACUAGGACAAUUGAGGAUGUUAAAUAUUAGCCAGUGUCCCGGGAUUAGUUCAAACGCAAAGGAAGCGAUCAAGGCACACGCUAAGCUUCAAGAGCUUAUUGUAUAA